UUUUAAUUUCAUUAUCAAGUUAUGUAGCUGCAGUAUAUGAAUGGCGUGAUCACAUAAAAACCAACAAAGACUUCUUACACAAUCACUUGGAUGUUUUUAAAUUUAUGACACAAAUGCACCAACAUUUUUUUAAAAGUGAUGAUUUAAUAAAAAAUAAACAAUCUAUAGAAGCGUUAAAAGAUAUCGACGACCACAAAGAUCUUAGUGGUGAUCAUAUAUUGUGGGCACACCGAGCAUUGAGGAGACUACAAUUAUUUUAUGCGAUUCCUGCAUCAGACAUGUCGGCAGGUAGAAUUAAUGAAAAAGUUAUAGGCGAUCGAAUGGAUGCAUGUGAAUGUUACGUCAUGGCGAAGUACUGUUUAGAGGGAAACGAUCCGUAUGGCGUCCUAGAUUGGGCUUUUGAAGCGUAUCAAAAAUGGGAAAGUCACGGUCGACCAGAAUGUGUAGAUCCCGACAUUUUAAAUUACUACAUAGUAUCAUCAUCAGUAUAUACAGGAUUUGACUUAACGAGUUUAUUAAACCUAAGUGGAUCAAAUUAUCAAGAAUAUACUGAAAAAUUUGUGUUUUACUAUCCCCUUAUGAAAAAUGAAUUGUUUGAGCUGGAAAAGGAGAGUGCAGUGGAUAUAAUGGAAGUAUAUAAUUAUUUUGAUGGUAGUGAAGAUAUAAAUGAAUUUAGAAAUUUAUGUAAACAUGGGGUAUCUUUACGAACAUUAACAAAAUACUCAAAAUGUAGAUACCAAACGAACAAUUUAUUUUACCGAAUAUUGAUGCCCUUUAAAGAAGAAGACAUUAAUAGCGAGCCACUCAUUAAAAUAUAUCAUGAUGUAUUAUAUGAUGACGAGAUCUUGAAAAUUAAAACGAUGAGCUUAGCUAACAUGAGUGAUGCAAAAUUAAAAACAGGCAACGAUUUCAUAUUACGAGAACGUAGUCGUUCAGGUCAAGUCUACUGGAUGAAUAAAGUAGAUGCUAUUGAAUAUUUUGAUGCACUAAAUACUCGUAUUGAAUCUUUUACCGGAUUUUCUACAAAGACAGCUGAGCGAUAUCAAAUAGUUAAUUAUGGUUUAGGUGGACAUUAUUUUCCGCAUCAUGAUCCGUAUAAAAAAGGAAAUGAACAUGUGAAGUUUGGUAACAGAUUAGUAACCGUAUUAUUUUAUUUGACUGAUGUUCAAAACGAUGGUUAUACGUCAUUUCCUAUGCUAAAUAUUAUUGCUCCGGCUGAAAAAGGAUCUGCGUUGGUUUGGAAUAAUUUGCAUAUGUCUGAUGGACAAUUAUGCUAUGAAUCUCUUCAUGGAGCAUGUCCUUUAUUGAAAGGAAAUAAAUGGAUUAUGACUAGAUGGCUGUACGAAGAAGGACAACAUUUGCCUUAUAAUUGGAAAAAUAAAUGAAAACGUGAACAAAUAUUAUAUUAUACGAUGAAAUGACAAUUUUUUAUAUAUAUAGUAAUAAAUGUCUCAUAAAUUAUCUAUUUUUACUCUAUUUUUGUAAUCUUCCACUAUUACUCUGCUCACAUAUUAAUUAAAUAUAGUUACAAUUACAUUUUCCACCAGUUAAAUAAAGCGUACAUCGUGUUCAAAUAGUUUAUCAAUGGUUUAUCCAAUUACACCUAAUAAACAUAUUAGAGUUACCUUUACACUUGUGGCUUGUUACAUAAUAUAUAUUAUUUAGUACCUACAAAUAGAUACCUACAUCAUUUUUAUUAUAUUAUUUUUUAUACGAAUUGAACUUUGUGCACAUCAAAGGUUGUUAAUUUAUUGUUAUAAGCUAAGGUGGGCAAGUUAAUGAAGCGAGAUCAAUAAGUUAAAAGUUAAUAGUGAAUGAAAUAUUAACUUAAUUCAGUUUAAAAAAAGUUAAUCUACUUUUUUAAACUAGUAUGUGGAUCACAUAAAGAAUGACUGAGUUAAUUCUGAUUUCCUAAAUUAGAAUAACAAUUUCUAUUGGAUUUUGAAUGUAACGUGCAGUGUAUGUACCUAUUUUAUUUGGAUGAUCUGCUUGGAACUCUAAAGUUCUCCUCUGCAAAAAGAUCGGGUGCAUAUAUGGAACUGUUAACCAGUUUAUUGAGAAAGUUUAUGUUGGCUAAGACUCAUCUGCCAGAAAUACUACCUACUGAGCUGUAAGUGGAGCAAGACAGGGGAAUAUUCGUGAGGUUGAUAAUCAAUCUUAAGACAAAAGGAGGCAAAAUUAAGGAAAUUAGGCUGAACUCACCCAAGUAGGGAAGAGCCAGAGGAGGUAUACGGUUCCCAAAGAAUGAAGCCAUAUUCAAUUAUCGGUCUUACAAGCACACAAUAUAAACUUUUGAGAGAGCAGGUUAGUUUAAAAUUCGAAGAGAAGCGUUUAAUAAGACCUAGUGUUCUUAUGGAUUUACAUGUGACGUGAUCGAUGUGGGAGUGAUACUUAGUCUAAAUCAGAAGUAGAUUACGCAUAAUAAUUUAUGUUAAAUACACAGUGGCGUAGCAAGGGUAUGGCGAACUGUGCCUACGCCAGGGGCGCAAAUCGUGAAGGAGCGCAAAAUUGUGCUUUAAAAAUAAAACUUAUUUUUAUUCUACCUUCAAAAUGAAAUUUCUUCAUAACACAUUUCGAAAUGAUUUUGUUUAUCUGCACAAAUUACGUAAUGAUGAAUUGUGUUCCAUUAACUGUAGUCAUGAUCCUGCGAAAUUUUCCAAAAUAACACCAAAGUUAAUAUAAAAGGGCUAUUUUAAUUGAACAUGUUCCUCCAAUCACUUUUAAUCAAAACUACUAUACACAUGAUGAGAAUAAUCGUAUCUUAGUAAUAAAUGGUUUUUCAGAAAACUUACUAAUGGUGAACAGGUUCGAAGGCAAUAGUUAAUAUUAUAUAGUAUUUCAAAAAAUAAACUUUUUUGUUUUCCAUGCAUUUUUUUUGUACCGCAAAUUGUGCUUUUAUUUCUGGUCUUGGCGAUUGGAAACUUUAAAACCCUCGUUUGCCUGAUCAUCAAAUUAACUUACUUCAUAAACAAAACUGUAUAAAAUGGAAAAAAUUAGAAAAAAGGGUACUUGAUGCUAAAACUAUUGACUGUGAGGUAUAAAAAUGUUCAAAAAUGAAAAAGAAAAAUGGCGCAACAUUUUAAAAAUAAUCAUAGAUAUUAUGUUUUGCAGUAAAAAUAAUCUUGAAAAUAAUCAGAAAUAACUCAGUUGAUGAUUGUAUAAUGUUGUAAUAAUUAUAUACAUAAAAAUAUAAAUGUUAAAAAAAUAUCAUUUCGUCAAUUUUUUUAUCUUUAAAAAGGCGCAUUUCCAAGUUUGCCAGAGGCGUUCAUGAGUCUUCCUACGCCACUGUAAAUACAUGAGAUAAAUGUUUAUUUGAAUGAUAAAGUAUGUAGGUAUAUUAUAAUAGUGUUUAGAUACAAUAUUGGAUUUUUUCAAAGUAAGCCAAAGGCACAAAUUAUGUUGAUAGAAGGGGGGGGGGGCUAUGAAAUGUUUGGCAUCCCAAAAACUGAUCAGGUACAUGAUGUAUUUUUAUAUAAGUAUCAUAAUUUAGUAAUUUUUCAGAUUUUAUCAAAAUACCCUUGUCUCCCCCUACUAAAAAAAAUGUGGAGUUUACUGGUGCCUAUAUGGUAUUUUAGUACCUACUCUUACUACACGAUUCUAAUGGAUAUUGGUUUGAUAAUUAUCUCUUCUCCCACCACAAUUUUAUGUACGUACAGUAAUUGUAUUUUCAAAGCCACUGUAUUAUUUAUACAAAAUACAAAAUACCUACAUACCUAACUGAAUAAACAAUCAUUAUUAUUACUCUCGUAUGUUCAGGAUAUUUAUUGUUUCGUUAUAAUAAUAAGUCUGUACCU